AUGAUGACUGUUGAUUUACCAAUUCAUGAGCAUUUAAACUUAUUAAAUUUCCGUUUUGUCUACUGCUGCUUCACAGACUCGUCUUCAGACUUUGAAGAAAAAAACGCAGGAAACAACAAACCACAUCAAUCGAUCAUCACCGCGCCCUGGGGUAAAAGACUUUCACAAAAAAAAAGAAAAGAAAAACUUACGCAAAGCAAAGCGAAGCAUUUAAAUAUCGAGUAG